AUUAACAAGUGAAUUGGAUGGCUGUAAUAGUCGUGAGAAUGAAACUGAGAGAACUUGCAGUUUCAAUAUUCUGUCUGGCUUGUCUAGCCGAACAGGGACACACUGCGAGAUUCGAUAACAAUCAAGAAAACGUUUUUGGAAAUAAACAUCGGUUACGGUUGAUCAAAAAACACACAGAGCUUCCCGACGUAACCUUUCAUCAAAUUGGCGAACAUAUUAUAAGAAAUGCGGAACCGAGUGAAAAUAUUGAACACGGGAAAUGGCAAAGGAAAAUGCAUGCAGAUGACGUCGAAACAAUCUUUCCUCUAUAUGGUGAUGAGUGCUCACUUAAGUACUUCUUUUUUAAACCACUUCGCCACCUGAACAAAAAACAAAAACCUGAUAUGGAAGAAGAUGAAAUAAUACGCUACAUUCUUAGUGACCACAAUGAAGAGAUAGACCCUUCAUUCAGCGAACUAAUGGCAGCACAACCGCCAACAAUGUCAGACUCUUCAACAACGUCAGAGCCUCCAACCACGUCAGAGUCUCCGACCACGUCAGAGCCUUCGGCCAUGUCGACAACGUCAGAGCCUCCGACCACGACAGAGCCACCAACAACGUCAGAGUCUUCAACAACGCCAGAGUCUUCAACAACGUCAGAGCCUUCAACAACGUCAGAGCCUUCAACAACCUCAGAGCCUUCAACAACCUCAGAGCCUUCAACAACCUCAGAGCCUUCAACAACCUCAGAGCCUUCAACAACCUCAGAGCCUUCAACAACCUCAGAGCCUUCAGCAACUUCUGAGUCUUCAACAACGUCAGAGCCUCCAACAACGACGAAACCUCCAACAACAACAGAGCCUCCAACAACCACUACGAAACCUCCAACAACGACGAAACCUCCAACAACGACGAAACCUCCAACAACCACAGAACCUCCAACAACGACAGAACCUCCAACAACGACAGAACCUCCAACAACGACGAAACCUCCAACAACGACGAAACCUCCAACAACGACAGAACCUCCAACAACGACAGAACCUCCAACAACGACGAAACCUCCAACAACGACGACGAAACCUCCAACAACGACGAAACCUCCAACAACGACGAAACCUCCAACAACGACAGAACCUCCAACAACGACAGAACCUCCAACAACGACAGAACCUCCAACAACGACAGAACCUCCAACAACGACAGAACCUCCAACAACGACGGAACCUGCAACAACGACAGAACCUCCAACAACGACGACGAAACCUCCAACAACGACGAAACCUCCAACAACGACGAAACCUCCAACAACGACAGAACCACCAACAACGACGAAACCUCCAACAACGACAGAACCUCCAACAACGACAGAACGUCCAACAACGACAGAACCUCCAACAACGACGAAACCUCCAACAACGACGACGAAACCUCCAACAACGACGAAACCUCCAACAACGACGAAACCUCCAACAACGACGAAACCUCCAACAACGACAGAACCUCCAACAACGACGGAACCUCCAACAACGACGGAACCUCCAACAACGACGGCACCUCCAACAACGACGGCACCUCCAACAACGACAGAACCUCCAACAACGACAGAACCUCCAACAACGACGGAACCUCCAACAACGACGGCACCUCCAACAACGACGGCACCUCCAACAACGACAGAACCUCCAACAACGACAGAACCUCCAACAACGACGGAACCUCCAACAACGACGGAACCUCCAACAACGACAAAACCUCCAACAACGACGGAACCUCCAACAACGACAGAACCUCCAACAACGACGAAACCUCCAACAACGACGGCACCUCCAACAACGACAGAACCUCCAACAACGACAGAACCUCCAACAACGACGAAACCUCCAACAACGACAGAACCUCCAACAACAACACCAAAUAAUAUUACAACAUAAUCGCCAUAAAAAUUCGUUUCAAUUUGAAAGACAAUCCAAGGUGGGAAUGUGCGCAUCUCGAGAUUUUCGGUGAAGUAAAAUGCGU